UCGCAGUUGCUGUGUGGACAGUCUUUGGAGACAGGAUGCAUGCCGCUCUUCUCCUGCUUCUGGCUGGGGUCUGGGUGGCCCGCGGUCAGUCGGAUGUAGAGCAGCGGGCAGUCGAGUUCCUGAAGCGCUUUGAUGAAAAUGCCACCCAACUGAUGUACCAGCAUUCACUGGCAUCGUGGGCUUACAAUACAAACAUUACCAGUGAGAACGCUGACAAACUGUCCCAGCAGGGGGAGAUUUGGGGGUCCUACUAUAGUCAGGCGUCAGAGGAAUCGCUCACCUUCCCACUUAAUGAAAUCACUGACCCGACCAUAAAAGUGCAACUGAUGGCACUUCAGGACAAAGGAUCAGGGGCCCUCACGAAGGACAAACUGGACCGUCUCAACAAAGUCAUGAAUGAAAUGAGCACCAUUUACAGCACAGGCACGGUGUGUAAGCUUGACAAUCCCUUCGACUGUCAGACCCUAGAACCAGGACUGGAGAGCGUCAUGGCUCAGAGCACAGAUUACUACCAGAGGCUGCACGUGUGGGAGGGCUGGAGGGUCGAGGUGGGAAAGAAGAUGAGGCCACUCUACGAGGACUAUGUGGAGCUGAAGGACGAAGCUGCAAAACUUAACGGUUAUGCUGACUAUGGGGACUACUGGAGAGGUAACUAUGAGACCACUGACGACGGCAAGUACAGCUACACCCGCGAUGAACUCAUGUCAGACGUUCGCCGCAUAUACCAGGAGAUCAUGCCGCUGUACAAAGAACUUCACGCCUACGUGAGAAGCAAACUACAUUUGACGUACCCUGGGCACAUCAGCGAGGCGGGAGGACUGCCUGCCCAUCUUCUAGGUGACAUGUGGGGAAGGUUUUGGACAAACCUUUAUCCUCUCUCUGUCCCUUACCCCGACAAACCAGAUAUUGACGUGACUUCGGCUAUGAUCAGUCAGGCCUGGACAGUGGAUAGAUUGUUCAAAGAAGCGGAAAAGUUCUUCAUGUCUGUAAAUUUGUACCAGAUGCUUCCAAACUUCUGGGAAAACUCAAUGUUUGUGAAGCCCGAUGAUGGCAGGAUGGUGGUAUGCCAUCCGACUGCAUGGGACAUGGGCAACAGAGAGGACUUCAGAUUAAAGCAUUGUAUAGUGAUUAUGCCUUAGCGUUACCAAGGAAACAUGUGUAGAUAUAAUAGAUAUGUACAUAUAUAUGAGAUGUUCUAAAUAUAUGAGAAUAUCAAUGAAAGGUUGGUGAUAGAAGGUUCUAGGACAUUCCGGUAUCUAUGGAGGCAGAUGCCAUCUCAGUACCACUAGCACUAUUGAUAUAACUUACUGAUAUCUGCAGAGACAGAGAUUAACUUCCUGAUGAAGCAGGCUUUGACAAUUGUGGCCACCUUGCCUUUCACAUACAUGCUGGAGGAAUGGAGAUGGGAAGUCUUCCAAGGCACCAUCCCAAAAGACCAGUGGAUGCAGAGGUGGUGGGAGAUGAAGAGAGACAUGGUUGGUGUGGUGGAGCCUCUACCCAGAGACGAGACAUACUGUGACCCAGCUGCCUUAUUCCACGUAGCCAAUGAUUAUUCAUUCAUUAGAUAUUUUACCAGAACCAUCUACCAGUUCCAGUUCCAGGCCUCCCUGUGUGAAACUGCCGGUCACACUGGACCUUUAUUCAAGUGUGACAUCACCAAUUCCAAGCCAGCCGGUGAAAAACUUAGGGCCAUGCUGGAGUUGGGAAAAUCUAAGUCAUGGACCAGAGCUCUGGAGCAAGUGUCUGGAGUGACCAGGAUGGACUCAAAGCCGCUCCUGGAGUACUUCAGAGAUCUACACAUAUGGCUACAGGAGGAGAACCGUAAGAACAACAGGUUUCCAGGAUGGAAUGUCGCAGCAGAUCCAUACUCUAAAGAGGCCUUCAAAGUCAGACUGAGUCUUAAGGCUGCAAUGGGUGAUCAAGCUUACCAAUGGAACGACAAUGAAUUGUACCUUUUCAAAGCCACCAUUGCCUAUGCUAUGAGGCAUUAUUAUGCCCUGGAGAUGGUACAGACACUGAACUUCAUGUCAGACAACGUCCACAUUUACCAAGUUAAACCAAGGAUCUCGUUCUACUUUGUGGUGACAAAUCCUGUCGACCCAGUGGUGCUCAUCCCAAAGGAAGUAGUGGAAUCUGCAAUUCGGCUAUCCAGAGGCAGAAUCAACAGCGCAUUCCUGCUUGAUGAUAAGACGCUGGAGUUUGAAGGCAUCAUUUCCACUCUGUCCCCACCUGUGGAGCCUGCGGUGACAGUGUGGCUGGUGGUGUUCGGAGUUAUCAUGGGUCUUUCACUUCUGCUUGGGACAUACCUAAUCAUCUCUGGCGUCUGGGACAGGAAGCGAAAAUCCAAGAAAGAGGAAGCUGAAAACCCAGCUGAAAACCCUUAUGAAAAUCAUAACGAAGGAGUGAUAAACCAGAAUUUUGAACAUGAUACUGAUGAUCAAACGGGAUUUUGAUAAGUGGUUGGAAAAGUCCAGAAAUAAAACGAGAACUGCAACUAUA